AUGUAUACGUGUGGCAAUCGAAAAGUGAUUCCAAAUAUGCCGGAUUUGAUACUCCGGAAAAUAUUCGAACAAUAUGAUUAUCCCGUUUUAUGUAAAAUGGAAAGAGUUUGCAAACGAUGGAUGAAUAUUAUCAAUACGAAAUUUAGGAAAGAGAUUCAUGAAGUUUCUAUUGAAAGGCUGGGAUCAAUGUUCCCUCAAGCCCAUCAAUGUGUUCCAUUCCGUCGUCUUACCAUCAGUUGCCCAUCGGAUUCCCAUGAUUUUCUGGCUGGCGUAUUCCGUCGUAGCCGUCUCUCGUUCAUGAAAAUGACAACUGAUUUGAACUUUCUUGCUGGUAUUGAUCAGAUCCACGUUGCCAAGGACACUGGUCGCCGUUAUUUCUCAAAUGUCGAAGACUUGUGGCUUCUGAUUAUUCAUCCAGAUGACGAUGCUACUCAACGAUUCCUCAAUAUCGAGGGAACUCUUUUCAGUGAACUUCAACAACUGACUCUCCAAGUUCAUGUCGACCCUCGUUACUUCAAAAACGUCGGAGAAAUUGUGAAAAGUUUCAUCCUUCGUCAUCCGAAAUCAAAUAUAAAUUUGGAAUUGCAUGCUGAGAAAUCGAUGCAUAUUCUGAACCAAUUGAGUGCUCUUCCCUCACUUCCGUUGUAUAAAAUCAAACUAAUCUGCACGGAUUUCGAUCAACCUCAAUUGAGAUUGGAUCAACUGUAUGGUGUUAUGAGGGAGCAGAAUAUUCAAGCGAAGAAUAUCACUAUGAGAGACUGGUCUCUAUUUGCUGAUGGCACGACUCCUGUCUCCUACAACCCAUUGGACACUUUCAGAAUCUCUUCGUGUUCGAUUGAAACCGUUGAUAAUUUAGUUAGAAGUCUCCAGAUGACAGCUUCUCAAUCAACUCAAGUAGAUGGUGUUCCACCGGCAAAGAAAAAGAAAAUUGUGAAGAAAAAGAAAGAAACGGAAGUUGUGACUGAAGAGGGAUUGGUUCCAAAACCAAAGAAAAAGAUUGUGAAAAAAGUAGUGAAGAAGAAGAAACCAGUGGUUUAUAUUAAGAGAUUGGAGGUAGCUGGCCAGUGUACUCUUCAUGGACUCACUUUCUUGCAGCAAAAAGCUCAUACUGAAUUGGAACGUCGUCUGACUACAGUAAUUCCCGGAUUAGACGUAGAUUGCAGUGAAAUAUAUUAUUGUUGGUAG